AUAUGUAGGCAGUUAUUGUAGAGUUAUAAUAUUUAAAAAGAACGUGCAAAAUAUGAUGCUUGGUGCAAAUAUUUUUAGAUAGCUUUCCUUCUGUCCGUGCUAAUUUUCGUCAGAUUACAUGAAAAAACUAGAGAUACCUUUGCCUUUAUUGUCAGUAAACAUGGAAACAGUGAAAGAGGAGCAGUCUGACUUAUUGGCCUGUCGCAUUUGCCUGGCUUGGGACGUGAGAUUGUGUCCUAUUCGCGAGUCGGGCUUGGAUCAAAUGUUUUCGGAUGUUAUGGGGACUUCGCUGUCUGAAUGGGACGGGCUUCCGCAGCACAUCUGCUCGUGGUGUCGCGCGCAGCUGGCGCGGGCUCUGGGGCUGCGAGCGCGCGCGCAGCGAGCCUGUGAGCUGCUCAAACAGACACUCGUACACCAGGACAAUAUUACAAACGAAUUUAUCCACACAAUUGACCGUACAUCGCACAAGCUCACGCACACACUCACAACUCGAGUAUUUAACGAUGACGACAUUUAUUACUUCAAUCACGACACACAGACGCAUUUAUUCAAUACAGUUAUAAUAAAUAAUAAUGAACAACUUCAUGACGAUGUUGAAGAUGAUAAUAUAAAUGAUGAUCUCAAAAAUGAUAUAAUACAAAAUUCCGGUUCAGAUUCAGAACUUGUACAUGGUAUGGUUGAAAUAAAUGCAGAAGUAAAUUUAGUUGAAAAAGAAACAGAGAUUAAAAAAGUAAAGUCAAAGAGAAAAAGGGAUGGCAAGAAGAAAAAAGAAAUAAUAGAAAUAAUAGAUAAAGAUAUAAAAAUUAAUGGUAAAAGGCUUAGUAGACGAAAAAUGAAAAAGCAAACCGACAAAGUAAGAAAAAGUAAAGGGAAAAAGCAUACGUUUUGUACAGAAGAAGAUUUUAAAGAAUUCGAGAAAAAAUACGAUUUCCAAGUGCAGUGUUUGACGGAAGAAGAAAUGGAGAAAGAGAUGGAAAAGAGGAAAGAGUCUGACAAGUAUCUGAAGGGAGAGUACAAGUGUGAGUUGUGUUUUAAAGGGUUCCUGACGUCGGUGACUUAUGAGAACCAUAUGAAGACUCAUGAUCCGGCGCGCGGCGACCACGCGUGUCGGCUGUGCCACGCGCGGUACCAGUUUCCAGUGAAGUUGCGACACCAUGUACAGAAUACCCACCGGCUCAAGUUUAGGUGCGCGCGGUGCAAUGAGCUCGUUCGCGGCAAGGCGUGCGCAGUUUUGCACGCAGCGUACCACGCGGGGACUACGUUCAAGUGCGCCCAUUGCGACAAGCAGUUCCUUAAGAAGACCUCGCGCACUUCGCACAUGCGCAUGGCGCAUCCGGCGGAGAACGCGGCCGGCGGCACUUGCGAGGCGUGUGGCGAGACCUUUACCAGCCGCACGGGGCUCAGGGCGCACAAGACUCGCAGCCACAAGAAGGUUAAUUUGCCUGAACUGAAAUGUCGGAAGUGCAGGACGCAAUUCGACAACAUGGAAGCCCUGAAGAAGCAUAGAAGCACAUACGCGAACAAGUGUCACUCCAGUCUUAGCGCGUGCUCGCAAUGCGGCGAGACCUGCGCAAGCGCCGACGAUCUGAUACUGCACGCGCACACGCGGCACGGUGUCCAUCUUUACACCUGCGACAAGUGUACGAAGUCGUUCACAUCGAAAACGUCGCUAACCACGCAUAUUGAUCGCGUGCAUCGCUUGCUGCGGCCUCCCAAGGCGGACUACAGCGACGGAGGCCGAAGGUCGCAGCCUGACUGGCUACACUGGGCCUCUGUUUGUGAACACUGCGGGAAGCGACUCUCUUGCUUGGCGACGCUGAAGAUACACAUGAACAAACACACAGGCGAGCGGCCAUACAAGUGUGCACUCUGCCCCAAAGCCUACAUGACGCCCUACGGACUUAACAACCACCAGGCGUUCCACACUGGUGUGAGAAAAUGGCAGUGCCCCGAAUGUCCCGCCACCUUCAUGCACCAGUCUUCAGUCUACCAGCACAGGAAGAUACACACAGGCGAACGCUCCCACCAGUGCACGAUCUGCGAGAAAUACUUCACGCAAUCCGGUUCGCUGUACACGCACGUCAAAUACGUGCACAUGAAGGAGACGCCUCCGCCGCGCAAACGGAACAAGAAGCCUGUACAACAGGGCACACUAUAAUCAAGGUAACUAGCAUUGGUUUCCUCGGCCGUCGGUCGCGGCGCGGCCAAGGC